GGAAGUGGGAAGAAAUGAGAAUUGAUGAUAAUGGAGAAAAAAAUUGUCGAGUAUUUGCAACUGAGCGAUGAGGUUGAAGAAGACGGCGGCGAGGCACAGCGACUGGAACUGGAAGAAGAGUUUUCACGGGAAGGAAGAAGCUUCUACGAGGUUUUUAGCCUCAGAGGAAUCCGAGUCAACCGGGUCGACCCGGGUUUCAUUUCCUGCUCCUUCAAGGUCCCUCUCCGUUUGACGGAUAGAGACGGGAAUCUAGCUAAUGGUGCGAUUGCAAAUCUUGUGGAUGAAGUUGGUGGAGCGCUUGUACAAAUCCAAGGCUUACCUUUUUGUGUUUCUGUGGACAUGUCUAUUGCAUUCCUUUCUACAGCUAAGCUCGGUGAGUUGGAGAUAACGUCGAGAUUGUUAGGCGUGAGAGGAGGUUAUACAGGAACACUUGUUGUAGUCAGAAACAAUGAGACCGGAGAGAUUAUAGCAGAAGGUCGUCAUUCUUUGUUUGGCAGGCAAGCUAGUAAGCUCUGAGGUCUAAUCUUUCUUUUGGCAUUCUUUGUUUGGCACCUUCAAGUGUUUCACUGUUAUGUGUUAUGGUCAGCUAAAUUUGAUUAGGGAUCUGUUAGGAUGUCGUAUUCUUCUUUCUGGUUGUGUAAACUUAAUCAUUUGUAGAGAUAGCUUAUAAAUAUAAUACCGAACCACCAUUCACGUUCAGAAAACUUGAUAUUUAUGGUGAUGAAAAUUGCAAUCUGUCUCA